GAGGCCGGCCUCUGUCAGUUAGAGCAGGGGCCGUCCGUCGCCUCUCCUCUUCUCUGGGCGGUUCCAGUCUGAAAGAGACCUUUGCGAAGAAAGCUCGCCAACAAAACUAUCAGCACAGACACAAACAUGGCGCCUGCCUCCGCCGACAACUUCAGAUGAAAGUGUGGCGAAGAAGUGGACUGUAAAGUUUUGAAGGAGUACUUCUCUGAGGCUUUUUUUUCGCGCGCCUUCCUGGUUUAACCUGACUGUGUUUGCACGAAGAGGCACUCGGAAUAUCUCAAAUAAGGAAAAACAGCAAGUUGCCUUCAUGUCAACAUUGUCUCGCGCUGCAGUGUAAACAGCUGGUAAGUGGAGCAUAUUUGUGUGUAUGAAAAUAGCUUGAGCAAAGUGGUGUAACUUUUUAGAAUUAGAAACUGUAUUAAAGCAGUUUUAAGUUGAAUUUAGCUGUGUUGGAGGAGGCUCCCCGCUUAAAACACAGUCUCUUGGUGUUGAGGCGCUGCGGUCUGUUUCUACACUUCCACCGUGUGUGUUAUUCAACCACGGAAAGACAGACAGGCAGCCACGUAUCAGCACACUGGCUAAUCACAGGAGGAAAUUUCUUUUGUUAUAUCCGCGCUGAUGUGAAUUUCCUGCACGGAGGCUGACCUAGAUAUGGGUCGGAUGCAACAGUUGGGAAUAUAACACCCCCCCUCCUCUUCCUCCUCUCCUCCUUCUCCUUCUCUUGUGCCCUCUUGGCCCUCCUUGACGCCUGAUAAUCAGACUCUGCUCCCCUGGAGAUUACCUAACCAUACAGGUGUCUGCUCCAGAACUCACAUACACAGGACUUACCUGCCUGAAAUUAAAGAUAUGGUUAAAAUAACUGGCCUCUGCAAACUCUGGAAACACAAGAUUAUUCACAAGACAAGGAAGUAAUGAUCUGACUUUCCUUUAGGCAUGUUGUUGUUGUUCUCACUCAGGGACUCUUUCUCUGAAAAUGCCAUCUCUGCAUUUGUAUGACCCAAACCUCAGGACACAGAAUUGUGUAACACACCUCUGCUGUCUUGCUUUAUGGCGGUGAGUAGAUGGGGCACUAAUGCCAUUGAUUUCAAUGCCAAGGUGCUCACAUAUCUACACCUCAGCACUUGACUGUUUGCCAGCGAGCAAGCUGCAAGUCUAGCCCUCUAGGGCAAUGGAGUACUCCCUGCUUUCCAACAAUGUUUGGUGAUUCAUGGCAUGCAUGUGAUGUUCCUGUUAUGGCAGCCGUGGUGCAAGUCUCAGCAGAGCUGUGGAUGGCACUUCCUCUUGUACUGUACCCAUUACUAUUGGAUUGAGGUGUGAGAUGUGAGUAGGAAUGUCAGACAAAAAAAAAAAUACAAGUGUAAAUAAGACAAACAUAAAGGAAAGCCAAAUGCUAAAUGAGCUAAACAGUUGGAAAAAAAUAUAUAAAUCACAAUAUAUUGUAUUGCAAUACUCACUGUAUUGCAAAAUGUUAAAAAUCGCAAUAAUAUCGUAUCGUGGCCCAAGUAUCCUGAUAAUAUCGCAUUGUGGCCCAAGUAUCCUGAUAAUAUCGUAUCAUGGCCCAAGUUUUGUAAUAAUAUCGUAUCAUGGCUCAAGUAUCGUGAUAAUAUUGUACCGUAGCCCAAGUAUCGGGAUAAUACUGCAUCAUGGCCCAAGAAUCAUGAUGAUAUCGUAUCGUGAUAAUAUUAUAUCGUGGCCCAAGUAUCGUGAUAUCAUUGCAUUAUGGCUCAAGUAUCGUGAUAAUAUCGUAUUGUGGCCAGAAUAUCGGGAUCAUAUUGUAUCGUUGCCCAAGUUUCGUGAUAACAUUGCAUUGUGGCUUGAGUAUCGUGAUAAUAUCGUAUAGUCGCCCAAGUAUCGUGAUAAUAUCAUAUCGUGGCCCAAGUAUCAUGAUAAUAUCAUAUCAUAGCCCAAGUAUCUUGACAAUAUCGUAUCAUAGCCCAAGUAUUGUGAUAAUAUCGUAUCAUGAGGCCACUGGUGAUUCCCACCCCAACUGAAAUACAGUUUCAGAGUAGGAAUGUCAGACUACUCGGAACAACACACCCCGAACAAUCACAGCUUGAGGAGGGAGUACACGCAUGGAAUAGUUUUUGCAGAGCUGCAGCCAUGAACCGUUGACACGUGGAAAAAAAAAGAAAAAGAAGAAAAACCUCUUUCUUGACCUUGGCUUGGCCUGACAGCGGCUGGAAAAGGGGAGUGGAGGGAUGUUGCCUCCUAACUGCCACAGGCGGGCAGGUAGAAAGUAGGUCAUGGUUGCACUGUGGCUUUGUGUACAUUGAACUCGCACUUUGUUACCAUCACUGGCUGUCCAGAGGCUCCGUCAGGUGACCAAGGAAAGGAAAAAGACUGGCUGAGGGAGUGGCAGCAGGCUGUGGGAGGACUCUGUGGUUGCCUCGGCAAAGUCAAAUUGGAUUUUGAUGAGUGUGAGAAAAAACGGUUGUUUACUCUGCUGGACAGUAUUUCCAGAGAGCUGUAGAUUUGUCUCCUGCUAACUUUUUCAACAUUUUCAGAUCAAAGUUCUUCACUUCUAAAAUGCUCUGCUCUUUGUACAUCCACUUCUCUUCUCUGUGAUCACACAUCCUCUGAAACUUUUAUAUCAUCUGUCACUUUAUACUUGUUGACCAGCACUUUCAAUUUAAGUGAGGCCAAGUGAUUACCAACACUUUGACUCACAUUUUUAACCCCUCUUUGUUUGAAGUUAACUGCACUUCCACUACACUUUAAGAAAUUCAAGAUCAGCUAGAGCUUAACUACCUUUUUUUUUUACAAGCUAUUUUACUCAGUGAUCAUCAUCAACUGCAUACAUUUGUGACUAGAGGUAGACCGGUUAAUAAGUAAGCCAGUUAAAUGGGUUGAUUUAGAUCAAUUUGAAAUAGUGAACAUUGGCUGAUAAUAAGUGUGUUUAUGAGACAGAUAAAAAGAAUAAACACUUAAUGCCUGCAGACACUGCAGGCAGCCUCAUCAGUGUAGUGAACAGCAGCACACUCUCUUCAUUAUAACACAUUUUUCUCAUUUUAAAUAACAGCUUAUCAAAUCAAAAGCAUUUAUUAGCUACUGUUUAGUACAAAGUCUGUUAUGAUGUAUGGAAUAGUAAAAUAAGUAUAUACAUAAUGAUAGAAUUUGAUUCAGGUUCAGCAAUUUUGUUUAUCAUUUGUUAUCUUAUUGGUGCAUCUUGUCAACUGGCCAGCCUGCACUCUUAUUAUCGUCAUCGGUAGUUGAAGACAAGACAUGACAACAAUGUCGUGCCUCAAAGUUAGUGUUAGUAUGAAAAGAUGGUGUCACUGAUAUCGUAGAGUCGUGGCAAAUAAAUGACAAAGCAGUGUCAUUGCAAAUAUCGCGUUGAAUAUGGAGGUUGUAACGGUGAAAAAACAGCGUCAGGGUCACUGUUAAUGUUAGGCUAGCAUCAGACUUAAGACCAGAAGCAUAAAAGAAGUGAAACAACAUCAUUCUGAAUGUUGAGUCUACCUCAGAAUUGAAAACAGAAGCGAAAAAAGUAGUGAGAAAGCCUCUCUAAAAACUAGGGGUGGUAGAAAAAAAUCAAUGCAGCAUAGUAUUGCGAUAUUUUGUCUGGCGAUAUAUCGUAUCGUCUUGUUGAACAAGUAUUGAUUUUUCGUUUUUUAUACAAAGUUUGCAAGAUGUGCUACAUGAAAAUAAAAUACAGUGUAAAUAAGACAAACAUAAAGUAAAACCAAAUGCUAAAUGAGCUAAACAGUUGAAAAAAUUAUAUAAAUCACAAUGUAUUGUAUCGCAAUUCUGACUGUAUUGCAAAAUGUAAAAAAUCGCAAUAAUAUCGUAUCGUGGCCCAGGUAUCAUGAUAAUAUUGUAUCGUCAUAAUAUUGUAUCGUGCCCCAAGUAUCGUGAUAAUAUUGUAUCGUGGCCCAAGUAUCAUGAUAAUAUCGUAUCAUGAGGCCACCAGUGAUUCCCACCUCGAUUGAAAACGCCAACAUUAACACUGGCACUUUCAGGACAGAGCAGCGCUGUGCGAGGAUGUAAGGCAUGUGCUGUUCACACGUUGCACCUCUCAGGCUUUAGAAAUGCACUGUGUAGAAUCUCUCAACAUGUCAGGCUGGAGGACACUUCAGCAACACUUUAGCACCAUCGUUCCAGCUCUCAUCAGUUUUCUGCCUUCUUCUUAUUUGAAAGCCAGCAAAAAAAACCCACUGUAUGGAUAUUAUACAGUGAAAACUAACUAUUAUAAUCUCUUUGGCUGAAACUCUACAAUGCAUAUGCAUCUCCUGUUUGCAUGACUGAAAACACAUUAACUUAACAAAGUCAAUAUGAGCCAAAAAAACUAUGACACUCUUGCAACCCAGCCAAAAUCCCUCUCUCAGGUUACCUAUUUCCUCUGACCUUCGUACUUUUAUGUGUUUGAGACGUCUUUUUUUCCAGUAAGCCUGAGUCUGCACUGGUUAAGGCCCGGCUGGUUAGUCAGGGCAAUGAGUUUGCCCUCGCUCCCUUCUCCUUGGAGUGGAAAGAAUGCUCUGUGUCCGCCGGGUUGUCACGCUCCGGGAGGGAGGCAGUCUUGUGACGUUUUCUGCUGAGCCGAGCCACGCUGGCCUGAGCUGCUUCUCAUCCUCCAGCCAACCAACAAAAAAGAGUAACGUCUUGUUGCAAACCUUUACUGUAUUUGCCCUACUUUCUUGUCAGGCUUUGGGACCCACCUGUUGCCGUUGGCUGUGCAGGAUAUGGUUGCUUUUGACAUGUAGUUGAGCAAACACGGAAAGUGUGUCACUUUCUCUUGAAAGCACACCUGCCUCUUCGAUCACAUGCUCAGGUCUUUGUAAAGAGUAACUUUUGAGCCUUAGAGAGGCAGGAAGGAAGAACGGGUCACUCAUCAGGGCUUGUGCCGCCUCUCUACUGAUUGCUUUGAUGUUAUAUGAACAAAACAUUAACAAUGGAUGUCUGGAAAAAGUAUGGUCCUGAAAACUGGAAAAAUCUUGUUUGAACAUUGUAAUUUUUUUAGGCAGGACAGGCUUUGCCUUAAAGGGAUAUUCCACAUAAAAUUAAGUUAGGGUCAAACACACCGAGUUAGACACCCCGUCGAGAGAUGAAUGUUGCUGACCACUUGCUUCUCUAGUUAUACCAACUUUAGUAAUGACUGCAAGAUAGCAAUAUACAGCGAGCCAAGCACAAACCUCAACCAAAACGCCACUCUAUAGCCACAAAUAAUGCUCAGAACAGCACCUAACUUCAUCAACAGUACAUAUAGGGUCCCAGCCACAGCCCUAGCCACCAAACAUCUUUUUAACUUUGCCUAAUUUCUUUAGCAAAGAGACUAAACACAACUCACCUACUCUCUUCCAGCAGCCGCUUGUUUGUAGCGAGACCUCGGGCCAGUCCAUUACGGACAACAGAGGGGUGACGCAGCUCAAGGAAGAACAUUUGUAAUAAUUUUUUCAUGGAAAUGCGAUCAGACCGAGACGCUAAGGCAGAAGAACUACCACGUCUGCAGUGCAAAAUGAUUAAUAUGAUGUUUAUUACUUCAAGGAAAUGAUAAAGAAAUGAUCAUAAAUGUUCUUCCUUGAGCUGCGUCACCCCUCUGCAGUCUGUAAUGUCCCAUAUUGAACAUGUAACCUGUGGCUACAGAAAUGAGUCUGUCAGUGUUCAAUAAACAGGAUUCAGGAUUAGAGAUCUUUGUUAGGCUUAGGAGAGUGAAAGAGCUGUCAUUGGCGUAUGGAUAUGAUAUUACCAGGCUAUCACACAUAUCACGCAGGUUUAUCUGGAGCCAAAACGCAGAUGGACAGUCAAUGCUCCACCUCUAACAAACUUUGAAGAGCAAAUAUUGAGCAGUGAAAUAUUUCUGCACUUGAACGUCUUCUUUCCAUCUCAAUGAUAAAAAAGGAGUAGCUGGUUUCUUCACAACACAGUUCAGAUUAAUUAACAGGCAGAGGUACACACAAACUAGUCCCCUCGGUAUGAAACACACUUCAGUUUGAUCUUAUCUCCUCCUCAAUCCUAUCUCUAAUCCAGAGGGGGCCCAGCUUCUUCUGUGGUCUUUGCUUUGUAAAACAGAGGUUUUGUCACCUCAUUGGCACCUUCCUCUCAGUCUGGCCUUGGCCGCUGACAGCACGCCGUGAUGACAGGUGGUAGAGAGGGCCACUUUGCUCUGUAGAUCCUCCAAAGCCUGCAGAUACAGAGAGGUACUUGAGGUAGACACACGGCGGCUGCACAAGCUGACGCAGUCACAGAAGCUCAUAUCCAAACAGGCUAAAGACAAGGGGUUUUAUGUAAGAUCAGACUGGUCUAUUUUUAGCCAAAGGUCAGCCUGUUUUCGAGUAUUAUCCCUGUGUUAUUCGGUCACUUUCUUAUUCUGUUUGUAAUGUCCAAGACACAAUACAUGACGUUAGUGUGUGUCACUCUCAGCAGCUGUUUUAGACGAGCUGUGAGUGGACGUGCAUGGCAGGGCUCCUCCUGAAAUAAUUGAGCACUGUCUGUUGUCCAGCAUUACACACACAAACGGGCAGACUUGUGCAUGCUCAUGCACACACACUCACACACACGCAGGCAGUCUCUUUAUACCUCUGGGGAACCAGCCUCCAGGCUCUUUUGUGUGAAUGGGAUGAGAUCAUUGUGGGGCAGAACAUGGGGGGAUGGAGGAAAGGGUUCCACUGUGUGUACUUAAAAAGAGAAACCCUCUCUUGUCCUCUCUCCUCAACUUUCAGCUGUUGAUUAGCUUUGAGUUUAGAAAAAAUCAAACCAGUAUCAGGUUUGCUGUGAAGGCGUAUGAACAGAAGGACCUCCCUGGUUUUAUUCAUGUCAGCUGAAGCUUUCCUCCUCCCUCAGGGGUUGUUAGGCUGCAACCUUUUGGCGCAUUUGCAACCAAAUUCAGACCAGUACACAGAGGCGCUUUUAGAACGACCCACCAAGGAUUUUUGAGGCACAAGUGAUCACACUUAAGGUUAAGUCCUGCUCAUAACAAAGGUUUAAAGCCCAAAUAUAACAAACUCUAAACACAUUUUUUGUGAUAAUACAUUUUAAUUGUGCUUGUCUGGAUACAGCUUUUAAUAAUUAUCAUCCUGCUUGUGAAGCCACUUGUGAAUUGUGAACUUAAAUUCAGUUGUCUCUGAAGGUUUGGAGCUCACUUCCUUUAUUGACAGGUUUCAGGCGUCAUCACCUUGUCAUGCUGUUUGUUGUCAUUAUGAUCCUUAAACACGCUGUGAUAGUGAAAGACGGUUUCGCACAACUCCAAAUGAUGAUUGCUUUGACUGGCAGGACAUUUUCAUUUUGACACCAGGAGUGUGUAAAAAUUUCUCUCUAUUUCUGUCUGACUUUGAGUUCUGAAAACUAAAAUUUCAAGAGUCAUUAGAGUUUUGAGGAUGAAGUUUUCAGCUCAUAUUGUAUGUAGAUAAAACCUUUUUAACCUCUCUGGCCUCACAUAGGCAGAAAUAAACGUGCCAAAGCAACUAAUUUCCUGAAUGUAAAGAAAUUAAAAGUAAAUUGAAUUGUAACUCACUUGGUGAAAGGUAAACAUACUUGGGGUGGGAAUCACCAGUGGCCCCACGAUUCAAUAUUAUCACAAUACUUGAGCCACAACACGAUAUUAUCACAAUACUUGGGCCUUGAUUCGAUAUUAUCACGAUACGUGGGCCUUGAUACGAUAUUAUCACGAUACUUGAGCCACGAUUCAAUAUUAUUACAAUACUUGAGCCACAAUACGAUAUUUUCACGAUACUUGGGCCACAAUACGAUAUUAUCACAAUACUUGAGCCACGAUACUUGGGCCACGAUACAAUAUUAUCACAGUACUUGGGCCAAGAUACAAUAUCAUAAUGAGCCGUGAUAUUAUAUUAUCACGAUACUUGGGCUAGGAUACGAUAUUAUCAUGAUACUUGGGCCACGAUUCAACAUUAUCAGGAUAUUUGAGCCAUGAUAUGAUAUUAUCACGAUACUUAAGCUAUGAUACAAUAUUAUCAUGAGACUUGAGACACAAUAUGAUACUAUCACGAUACUUUGGCCACGAUACAAUAUUAUUGUGAUUUUUUUUACAUUUUGCAAUACAGUGAGUAUUGCAAUACAAUACAAUAUAUUGCGAUUUACACAACUUUUUCAACUGUUUUGCUAAUUUAGCAUUUGGCUUUCCUUUAUGUUUGUCUUAUUUACGCUGUAUUUUAUUUUCAUGUUGCACAUCUUGCAAACCUUAAAUAAAUUUGUUGUGCUAACUUUCUCCUGCUCUCUGAUGUCACCUCUGCCAACCUCAAUGGACAAACAUUUGAUUUCAUUUUUUCAUUAUCAUAGAUUUAACUCCACUUGACAAUCAGUUUGAAAAAUUGAUACUUGGUAGGUGAGACGAUAUGAUCUAUCACCAGACAAAAUAUUAAGAUACUAUGCUGUAUCAAUUUUUUCUCCCACCACACACAGAGAACAGUAUAGAUUAAGUUCAAAUGCUAAACUUAAACUCAGAGUCUGCAGGUCAGUGAUGUCAAAUUGGUUCCUGAGCGCAGCUACCGAGUGCAAGUUAGAGCUAUUUCUUGGUAUGAACACUAUCUGCUGUGUGUAACCUAUAUUAAGAGUGAAAGAGUAGACUUAGAGAUUGUCCACAUCAAGGCCAGGGUUAUUUAUCACUCCAGGGGAGCCAGAAACUACUUUCAGAGUAACCGGUCAGUUUACGUGUCCCCUGCAGCCUCAGUGUAUUUUGGUCAUGACUCGUAGUGACCUAAGUCCCAUAGUGCAGCCCAGACAAAGAGCAUGACACUCGAUCAUCGGGGCUUUGGAGUAACAGAGGAACAGGUUUUUUGACGCAAGGAGGGAGGGGCAGAGCUCAACCUUCGGAGGCAGUUUGAAGCUCAAAUUACAACACUCACCUUAAUACAGUGGGAAUUGAAUGGACCGGUUUUGCCUGCCAGUUUGACUCAGUCAUUUUACCAUUUGACCCGAGAGGCUGCACAAUUUUGCCUCCAGGUUCAGAAAUUCUUGCAUAUUUUUUCUCCACGGUGCGUGCUGUCACAAGUGCAGAACAAGAAAGACUGAAAAUCCUAAAUGUGCUGUUCCCUUCUGUUUACAAUAGCUUGAAAGCCUUUAGCCUGUUCAGCUGUCAACACCAGCGCACUUUAUGGCUGCUGCCAUGUUUUAUUUGCACAGCAGACAUAAAAGCAGACUAUAAAAAACUGUUCCUUCCAUUUUACAUCUGAAACCCAGACACUGGACUUUGUUUGGAUGUGGCAGACUACAGAGAGCACGUCAGCUAUACUAAAUGUACCCUUGAAUGACUCGGAGAUCAAUUUCUCUCAGCAAGAGUAACACUAGUCGCAGCUCAGGGUCGCCCCGCUUGGCAUUGUUGGGGCUGCGUUGCCAUGGCAGCGGCGAUGUUUGUCUAUCAUUGGGUGUCACAAAGAGAUAUUUGUAUAGUUCUGGUGGCACAGAGGGACUGUUACAGGCUGUCCUCACUUCUGAUAUGUGUGCAGGGGAACUAUUUUGACUCAUCGCAGUAUCAGUGUCGUGUGGCAUUUUGUUACCUGAGCAUUGAAACAACAUAUGGAGGUGUUAAAGAGACAGUUCUCCUUUUUUACUGUACAGAAGCAACAAGAUUUAACUGAUCGAGUCAACAAAGACAAGCUUUGCAAAGCAGUUGUUGCGAGUGUCAAUUAGAAAUGGAAAGUCCCUGAUUUAUCCACAUUUGUCACAUUUCGUGGAAAAGCCCCAAAGAGGAAUAGAUCUGCCGAAUCAGACCGCAUGCUGACAGAGAGACAGGUUGUAUUUAAGCUGUAUUAAUGAUCUGAUUGAGUUAGAGGUCAACUCCAAAUAAGGGGGAAAUUACGGUAACUCUCAAAUUCUGCUUGUAAACGUUGUGUUUACUGUCCUCUGUGACACAAGUAUUGAUUCUCCCGCCUUGGUGAACAUCCAGAUUUCAUUCAAGGCCAAUAAGGACUUCACAGAUCCUCUUGUAACAUUUGCUUUUCUUUUUUUUCUCUUGUUUGUGUUGAUCUGCGUCCAAGUUGUCGGGAAGCCAUCUGACUCACAGCCUUGAUGCUUUAAUAACCAAAGUUUCUAUUUUGGAGCACAUUAGUGGAGCCUGUUUGUGGCUCUACUCAAAACAGCUGUUCAGAAGAGAAAAUACCAAAAAGACCACAAUACUUUCCUGAUGACCUGCUCUUAGAAACUGGUUCAGAAUCAGCCUCAUUAUCCUGAAGCGUGAUGAAUAUUGAGAUCUGGUGAAAUGAUUUCUAUGCAGUACUAAUGUUUAGCUGCUCAUGAGGAAUUUUUGAGUAAUUUGAUGUCAAAAUAAAUUUGAUUUAAACUCUUUUAGAGGUCAAUAACUCAUGAAUAAAGUAAAAAAAGUGAGAAAUAUUUGCAACCGUCGAAUCCAUCGCCGUAAUGUUGGCCUUUGCCCUCUUCUCCUCUCUCUCCGAAAUGUGCUAAUGUGCUUCUAAUCAGCUGUAACUAAUAUUUUUAUGCUAAUAAUGGAUGAAAUGACUGUGUAAUGUGAAAGGGAUUACACGGAGAAUGAUCAGAUGACUUAGCUUUUCCUCAUAGCUGCCCAGUGCCUGUUUUUGGUUCCUUAUUUUUGCUUUGCUGUUUCAUUUCAUUUCAUUCCCAUCGUUUUUUUUAUUUUUUUGAGAGACUCACUUUAUUCUGCAUGUCAAACAGCAAAUGGCUGAAAAAGUUAGCAGCUAGGUGAAAGAGGAGAAGUAGACUCUGGCAUGUAAAAAGGUAGGAUAUGUUCGUAAAGGGGGGGGAGAAAAAAGUCUCUUCAUGAACACAGAUGUUGUCCAACAUGUCUGCUGAGUGUGAAGCGAGCAACUGUUUGCUUUCUCAAAAGCAGUAUGUUUACAUGCAUAGUUAAUUAGUUUUGGUUACAGCUCAGUGUGGUGAUUUAAUAGGCGAUUAGACUGAAUCAGAGUUUGAAACCUGAAAUCCUGAUGAGGAAUGUGUCGGCAGUAGGUGUUGAAGCCAAAUGCAAGACACAAAGAGACGGGUAGUUAACUUUUUUAGAUCAUCUGCCAAUGCUAAGAUCUUGCAGGUGAUAUUGUUCAUCUCUAAAUAACUUCCAAGUCAGAAAAUGCACGUCAACAUCAGAAACGAGGGGUGUCUCGAAACAACUUUUUUACAUCCGAUACGAUACCAAUAUUGUAGCCUUCAGUAACAGCCGAUACCAAUAUAUCUCAAUAUUGGCACAAACCUUUGCAUGAAAAGUUUUGCACUCAGCUGGGAUGUCUUUUUCGGACUUUGACGAAAAAUACUGCCACACAGCUGACAUCACUCAUAUUCCUUGCUACUUUGUUAGUACCUUAGUACACACUGUUGUGAAAACAUGGGCUCUACAUGCUGGAUCAGGGCGCUGCCAGAUAGAAGUGCCGAAGUGGAGUCUGGAAUGGACUGCUUGUAUCGUCGUCCUGAUAUCGGAGAGUUUAGAUGCAGGCCGAUAUAAUCCGAUGUUUGUUUUUUGGCUAAUAUCGGACAGAUAUCCCUAGGGUCUCCCAUACAUGCAGUUGAUCUUGGUGCACCGCCACGACUAAAUUUUACAUUUUACAUUUGAAAUUUUACAUGAUCAUUAAUAUCAAUGCGCCACUAAUGAAUUGUACUUGCACUGUGUGAGGACAACAACACACAACAUCAUGUCCGACUUGUUUUGAGUCAUCAGGGAGUGCAUCAAAUCCUGUCGGACCCUGUCUAUCAACGUGAAAAGUAACGUUCAAGCUUAAACACAGUCUUUAUAGCGAGUAGCAUUAAUAGCAUUAGUAGCAUUAUUGUUAAUGUGGCACUAAUGAAUUCUACGUUUUAGCUUAUACCACGGUCUGUAGCGCGUGUAACGUAACGUGAAUGUAACAGCGUACAUUCACGAUCAGUGUUUCUAGGGGAAACACUGAUCCCAUAUCAAUAUCGUAUCAAGACAGCCCUAUCAAAAAAUUAGACAAAAUUUGGUGGCCGACUUGCAGACUUUCGGCCAUCAUGGCGAAUCACAACAGAUAGAUGUAGAACCUGUAGGGUAUGGCGAAUAGUAGACAUGUCCCAUCCUCUCAAAAACAGCCAUUCAUGUGCUUCUCUCAGAUUCAGCAAACACAGAAGGCCGAUCCCGACUCUGGUUUUACCAUUAGACCACAUUUACAGGCCAGCCACUGGUACAAAAACACAUUUAAUAAACAGUUUUAACUGUUAAAAUGUCACUAUGGACACAAACAAAGCAGUAUAUUUCUAAAGAGCUACAUCCUUUAUGACUCUAGUUUGGUAAAAUAGGAGCUGUUUUUCUUUUAAAGGACCAGGAUAGAAAUUAGUCAUUGUGUUGUGAUGAGCCACAUCUGGUAUCAUUUGAGUUCUUGAAUGAGGACAAAAGUUUCAGUGACGUUUCCAGGAAUGAGUAAAUAUCCCACUUCAAAGGAACAUAAUGAAAUAGAGAGGAUUCAGAAAGAGAGCAGUGGGAGGGAGAUCAAGCACAUACCUGUCUCAGCUCCUUCAUCCUGAGUGUCUUGAGAGUUUAAAGACUGACCUGCUAAUCCCCCUUUUCUUCAUUGAUGCCCUUUUUUUUAUUUUUGCCAUUUUUGUCAGUGGAAAUUUCAACUCAUUUGCUCCCAGCUCAGAUAACAUGACGUAUAACUGUGAUGUUUUUGCCGCUCGGGGCCUGUGUUGACACAGUGACACGCUCUGCCCUUUUGGUUUGAGUGUUUUCCCGACAUUGUUUUAAUAAAGAGGAAUGAAAAAAACAGGGCCUGUAUUCUGGGCGCAUAUCCAACUACAUUCUUCAAAAGUACCUGUGAAGACUAAAGGCCUGUUAGUAUACUUCAAAUAAUCAACUCUGGCUUAUUCACAGAGUUAGAGUGCCAGGUUUAAAACUAGAGGGCAAUGCUAUUGUAAUGAGAUUUGGAUGACCAUGUGGAUGUCGUCCAAGACUUGAUGCGAUAAAGACGUUUCUUUUUUUUAAAAAUGUAUCUGCCUUUACUUUCAUUUUGACUAAUUUUUCUACCUUUGAUUGGUUUUGAAGUCCUGAACAAAACUGAAACAAUCACUAAAACACUGUCCUGAAGUCCAGGGCUGUCUGUGCUUUUCCCCCUCUUGCCUCAGCUGACUCACUUCUGGAAAAAUUGAACUUCCUGUAUAAAAAACUGCUCUUUGAAGGGCGAUGUGGAUGCAUCUCUGUCUCCAUAGAAAACUAGUUGCUCUCUGUCGUUUUUGGCCGGGGCUUGAACAGUCAGGUGCUUUUCUUGGGUACAAGAACACUGAGUCUUUAUGCCAUGAUGAAUGGACUGUAAAUGAGGCAGCAGUUAUGGUCGUAUAUUUUGUUUAUUAUGCAGACAAAAGUCCUGUGGAUGUUUUAGUGACUUGGCUUUUUUGUCAUAUUUAAGAACUCAUUAUUCUAAAUUAGGGCUGGCCGAUAUGGCCUCAAAUCAAUAUCAUGAUAAAUUGAGCAGUUCACCUCGAUCACGAUAAAUGGACGAUAACUACUCCACAAGCUGCUCACUUCCUUCCACAUUAACUUUGUCUACUUCAGCCGUCGCUCCAGCCACUAUAACUUUUGAACCGUCCUCCAUCUCCUCACCUGUCUUUCCCUCUUCGUUACGGCCUGGAUGGGGGUGGAGUCACAUCUCUAACGUAGGACAGCAUCUUAAAGGGAGACCAUAGCCUAUCUACACACAUCCAACACCAACUUUUAUUUAUUUAUUUAUUUUUGACACCGAAUAUAUUGACAUGGGCAAAAUGACAUCUGUUAUUAUCAUAAAUGUCGGUAUCUGUAAAUUUUCGGUUUAUGGCCCAGCCCUAUUCUAAAGCAUAUUUCAAAAAAAGGUCGGUGUAUAUAUACUGCAAAUACAACAUAUCAGAUGUUUAAAUUAUAAAAAGUCAGUGCAUCUCUAAUGAAAGGGAGUAUGUUCACUCUCUCAUUUAAGACAUUCAUGAUGCUGCUGUUUUAGUGAAGAGAAUGGAAAUAAUUUACAAUCAGAAAAAAUGAAAAACAAAUGCCAUGUCAACCACGUCAAUGCACAUAAAAGAAGGCACCAUCAGUGCUGAAGCAAGGUAUUCUUCCAUCUAGACAAUGCCUUUUUCAGGGAAUGCCUUGCACACGGCUCCUUGUUGUUCACCUUGUUGUUUAUUGUCGGUGUGUUCAAUGUGUGUAUGUGCAGUGUGCGUGGGUUGUGAGACUAUAUCUUUGUUAGGUCUAGUACUUUGUGUCAUCAGUUGGCAGCUUUAUCUGUGCAGCUCUUGGAGUCUAAGACAUAUUUCCCUAAGAGGACAAUGAGGUGUAUUGUAUCGUAUCUUAUAUAUCAGGAGUAACAUUCAAAACUGCAUUCUGUACAUAUUACAACACCAUGACUCUGUAGUAGAGGAGUCCUACUGCUAAACUGGCCUGCCUGCAGUCUUGACUUGUCACCCAACAUUUGGCACAUGGUGAAAUGAAAAAUGCACCGCGCACCAUAGAAGCUGAGAAUUAAGAACGAAUGAGAUAACAUGCCACUUUCAAAGCUGCAGGAUCUAUCCUGCUGGGCUCCCAAAUGUUAACAGAGAGUUGUUAGACAGAAAAGAAAGAAGAGGUGAUGCAACACAGUGGUAAACAAGUCUCUGUCUCAACUCUUCAGGAACAUGUCACCAGUAUCAAAUUCAACAUGAGCACAUGAUUUCUCAAAAUACAAUAAAAAGUCUAGUUUUAAGAUGUGAUAGGUUGUCUUUGCACUAUUUUUAAGACGUAGGGUUUAGACGAUUUGCAAAACCAUCAUUUUCAGCUUAUAUCAACAUUUACACAUCCUCCCAUGUGUUAUGCAAUUUGGUUUGUAUGUGUGCAACGAUUUUAAAGUGCCUACAACAAACAGACUUCUUUCAAAACAUCCUUAAGCUGCUUUGAGUUACCGGUUGCAAAGUUGAGUAUCAUCCUGAAUUCCUGCAAAAACCCAAUAAGAAUAACCAAAACUAGGAACUGCAACUCCAAGUUACGUCUCACAUGUUUCAAGUUUAAUUUUGUGACCAGAUAUCAAGUGUUUUAAAGACUUCAGAGUCGGUCUGAUUUAUGCUCUCAGUGGCAUUUCUGAGCAUUCCUCCAGGCCCCGGCUGCUCUCCCUUGACUCUCUGUAGUCGCCAGAGCUUUAACUCACUCCACAUUUCUGGAGCAGCGCAGUGAUAUACAAUGACAAGAGUGUUUGUGCGUGACAACAAAUCCAGUCCCUUCAUUACCCCUUAUGUUUCCCUCAGUUUGUGGUGCUGCUCUCUUAAAAGAUCCCUUCAUUGCCUGUGCUGCAGGAUUACUUAGCAUUCUGUGUCUGCUUGCAUGUGUAAUCCAUCCCACUGUCCUGGGUUGAUAUGUACGAGCUGUGCUUUCACUAACAUGCAGUGCUCGUCGUGGUUAUAGCCUAAAGGAAGUAUCUGUUGCAUGUUUUAAGAAUAGACACGUCUUUAAAGUUUAAACCAAGGCGGCUGAUCAUCAGAGUCACGCCAUCCAACAACAGCAACACACCUUUCCAAAUUCAUCUUCAUUUCUUCUUUCUAGGUACUUCCAGCCAUGAUCGAGGACAAGGGUCACCGCGUGACCGACUACUUUGUGGUAGCCGGGCUGACGGACAAGUCCAAGCCCUUGGAGCAGGAUCUGUCAGAGACCAAGUCCAGCGGGCCCAAAGCACCCAUCACCGACUUGGCCGUCAUUAACAGAUCAGCAGGAGAGACCGUACCCGAGGGCUUCACCUGCAUCGACAGCACCUACAGCGGCCAGCCAGCUAACCUCAAUCAUGGCAGUCUUAAGAGCCCAGAGCUAUUUCUGUGUUACAAGAGGAAUCGAGGGAAGCCUCCUCUCAUUGAUAUCGGGUGAGUCAGCAGUUUGUUUAUGCCACAGAUUGUUAUCUGGACUCUUUGUAGGCCUCCAGCAUCAAGGGACUCAUUACAAGUUUCCACUGUUAGGAAUUCAAGAUACCAAACUUUUUCAGUGGGGUAAACAAAAACAAAAGAUAUCAUUGGGUCAGAGGGAUUACAGCGAGGCAUACUUCUGAAUCUUGUCUCUGUUCUCCAACUUUAUGUUUUAUAAGAAAAAAAAACACAUGAAAAAGAAUCUCUCUGAAACUAUUUCCAAGAAGUGAAAGGAAGUAGGUGUGCUUUGUGCUUCAUUCAUUCUCAUCUGCUGCGUCACGGACUCCUCAGCCACACCUCUUGGCUCUCAUCCACGGAUCCGAUUUCCUUGCUUCCUACUAUUAUCAUGUAAGAGGUGAUUCAUUUAAUGAUGUCCUGUAGCUGCCUGAGAGCCAACCGAAGUUGGAUGCAGCACAUAACUCUUUCAUCAGUGCGAUAUCACGGAGACAAUGAUGCAACAGCCUGAGGUAUUUCCUCCUUCCACACCUUAGUCUUCAUCUGAAACCUCUUUGUGUCCCCCCUCGAACAAACUGGACUUUCCAGUUCCAACAGACAACGUUAAUGCUCACUCUUCUUUCAGUCAUUGUAAAGUCUUUUUAAAUAUUGACUGCGGUUCACUUCAGCAAUAAAUUUCACAUUACCACCAUGAUCCUUUCCUGCUAAGCGUAGCUCCACACUUGCAGAACCAAAUGAACACCCUCAUGAAGCCCGCUGGCGUCAUCGCACCAAGCAUAAACAGAAUAUCGUAUGUCAAGUCAUGUUUCCCUGAAGAGAUUGAGCAAUCCCUGCUUAGCAUGCUAGCAGACAUGUGAGGUGGGGGAGGGAGCUGCAAGCUUAUAUUUUCAGAAUUCUGUCAUUGAAAGAUGAUUUGUGUCCAAAUGGGACAAAUUAGGGCUUGGUGAUAAAGCAAAAGUUUAUCGAUAUUGAAAUUUAUGACAAUAACAGACGUUGUUUUCCCCAUGUCGGUGUAUUCGGUGUCAAAAAAAAUACAUAAAUAAAAGUUGGUUUUGGAUGUGUGUAGGUAGGCUAUGGUCUCAUGUCUUUUUAAGACGCCGUCCUAUGCCAGAGUCGUGACUCUUCCCCAUCCUGUCCGUAACAAAGAGGGAAAGACAGAUGAGGAGAUGGAGGAUGGUUCAAAAGUUGUAGCGACUGGAGCAGCGGCUGAAGUAGACGAAGUUAAUGUGGGAGGGAGUAGCAGUUUGAGCUGCUCAGUAUAUGGUGGUAUUGAUUUGAGGCCAUAUCGCCCAGCCCUAGUAUGAACGUACCAAUGUCUGUGUCCUGGUUGAGUCACCACAAACAAGGUCAGACACUAUCUUUUGCCAAGCGGUAGCCCUGUUGUCCCCUCCUUUGGAUCAGGUCCAUUUUCUACUAUUGAUUCAUUACGCAACUAAAUGAAAUCUAGCGAUAUGUAAAUGAUUCAUUCAUGCUUCCGCCACCUCCACUGUCAUCAGAGCCAGCAUUCCCAGCCGGCAGCUCCACAGCGUCUCGACUCACUGUGCCCAUUAGGACUCAGUCUUUGUUGCCUAAAUGAGAAUUUGCUGGCAGCUGUCCUCCUGGCCUCUUUAGAUUCGUCCUGCACUCUUUUCAGAAUAAAGUGUUUCAGGACUGUUGUAUCUGCAGUGGCUGCCCUGUUGCUUGCACAAGAUUAAAAAAAUGCAUGUAGGGUUAGUCUUAGCAAUUACAUCUUUUCACCCCCCACGUGGCACUGUUCAUAAAGCAUACUGCAGUCAUACAAAAAAAAUUCGGCACAGUGAGAAAGUGAUCGCUCUCCUGUUACUUCUAACUGGAGUUGGAUAUGAGUUUUCUAAGUGUGCGAGUUUGCUUUACUGUCUGGGGUUUGAAUGAGUCAGCUGGUAAUUAUGUCUGAAUCACACCUCCCAUUGAUGACAGACUUCUCAUAGAGGCUUCAAAGGCAAACCAGGGCUUAAAGAAGAAGGUCGGCCGUGUUGACCACGCACUUUUUGUAAAGCUGAGAUUACCCUUCCCAUCAAGCUGCAGCUCAAUGUAUCUUUCUCACCGUCUAUCAAGAAAGCAAUUUUCUCCAAAAUCAGUCUGGAUGUUGAGUGAUAGGAGCUUUGGGAAACAUGUCUGUCCUCAGCUUGUUGCUUCUGUUUUUUUCCCAUGUAUUCAAAACUGGAUAUCUUAAUUUGUAGUGUGGGGAAAAUGACUCUUUAACUAUUGAAGGAGACAAACUGAGAAGUAAUAUAAUACAAUACAAAAACUUAAUUUAUUCCCAAAUGGAAUUAAUUUGUCUGGAAUCUCAGAUAAACUCCAGAUAAACAAAGUUAUGAUCUGACCUACUUAGUGGUGGUAAGGCAGUAGCUCUGUUAGCUUCUCUGACGUUAGCAUACAGCAGAUCCAGGGUUUUGUUUUCUCUAGAAGGACAGUUAAAAAACUAUGAGGAGAGGGUGACAUGAUUGAAUUCUCCUAGUAUUAUUGCAAGUGCCUCAGGAUGUCGAGUCUGUAUCCUAGCAACAGUAUCAUGGAGAAUAUCACACGGAACUUCAGCCGUUGCCUUGAGUGGAAUGUAUAGGAGUAUUGUUAUGAUGUGACUGAACUCCCUUUCAACAUAGAGUCAUACUUUUUUUAAAGAAGAGAACAGUUUUCCAACAUUUCAUUGGCCCCAGUUGACUUGAGUGUAGUUGAUAGAGAGCUUUAGCUAAAAAUCUUAUAUUAACCUUCAGGCCUUUAUCCAGUUAGUAUAAUGUACCCAUAGUGAGCGAUAAACCAUUGCUUAUUUACCUUGUGUAAGCUUUCUUUGUAAUAGAGUUGGAGUUUGGCUGUGUGAUUGGUGCAGUCAUGAUUUCAUUGUGCAGCCCACCUCUUUACUCUGCCGGGUUGGACACUCAACGCUUAAGUGGAGAGUCAGUCAGUCAACAGCAAACACUCGUAACGCGCCACAUAGUUUUCUCUGUCAAGCUCCUCAUUUGAUGUCCAACGUGAACGUCUUGUCUUUUUUUUACAGUUUGAGCUGUUGCUUCAUCAGACUGAGAGUUAUUUGUUUUUCUACAGUGAUGAACGUUUUAGAAAUGAAAGCCAUGUCUGAGUCAAACUGAAACCAGGACAGCUCAGUCUGAGACACUUCAGAACCCAUGAGUGAUUUUUAGUUUGUUUGUCCCAUCUUGGUUCCUCAUGAACAACAACAUACACCAUGGUUUGAUGCUCAAGUGCCCAGCUAACACUUCCAUGUUUUCUCUGUUGUGCUUUAGGGUGCUGUAUGAGGGGAAGGAGCGUCUGAUCCAGGGCUGCGAGGUCAUCCAGGCCACGCCGUACGGCCGCUGCGCCAACGUCAACAACAGCUCCGCCACCUCGCAGCGCAUCUUCAUCACUUUUCGCAGAGCGCCGCCCGUGCAGCCUCAGAACUCCCUGGCAGUGACGGACAUCUGCGUCAUUGUCACCAGCAAGGGCGAGACGCCUCCACAUACCUUUUGUAAAGUGGACAAAAACCUCAACUGCGGCAUGGCGAGUCUGAUUGUGUUUCUUCUCUAACGGUCUCUCAUUGUGAGUCUGCAGAACUCACGUUUGUAACAUCAGUGUUUUAAUCUUUUUAGUGGGGCUCCAAUGUGUUCCUGUGUUACAAGAAAUCAGUGUCUGCAUCCAAUUCUAUCAGCUACAAAGCCGGUGAGUAAAAGUCUGAGUUUUAUUAUUAUUAUUUUUUUACAGUGAAAACAAAACAAUUUUAAUUUGGGAUUUUACAAUUGUGGGAAAAAAAUGAAAAUUAAAUAAAAAGUGGAAAAAAAAACUCCCAACUGGAAAGAAUGUAGAGUUAUUGACCUUAAAAUGUAUUUGGUUUUGCUAAACUACCAAAAGGAUGGAAAAAAAAGUCAUGAUAAAAAGAAAAGUCACAGUAAUUUUAAAAAAACAAUUGUAAAUUUCCUUUUUAUUUUUCCUCAAUUUGCUAAAAAACUUUCUUUUUGUCUUACAUAAUAGCUUUUCUUGGGGGUAGUAAGAGGUUCCAGUUAUUGCAACAGUGUCACUCUCGCCAAAACAUAGAUUAUGUAAUGCUGCCAUUGGCGGUUUACUCAUGUUUUUUUUUUUUUAUGCACACGAGGGAGAUUUACUUCCUCAACACCAAUGCAGCCACUUUGUGGGUUGAAAUAGUAGUUAGGCGGAGUAAUCUGUGACUAGCAGAGACAUUGAUUUAACCCUGGUCUUCCACCUGUUCUGCUCUGGCACUUCCGAGCCGAACCGCUCAAGUCGAAGGGGACUGGAUCCUUGUGUCAAAGAGGUUGUCAUUUUUUCAGAUCUUAAAGUGAAUCGAUCAUGGCAGGUAACAUUGCCUAGUUGUUGCCUCAUUCAAUCUCAGUAAAUCUUAUGAAAACACCUUUGAAUUGUGACAAACUCUCCACAAUAAAAGUCCCCUGUUGAAAUAUUUUUAUUCUUCAAUCGCCUGUCAGUAAAUGUCUUGCUUCAGGAGACAAAGAGGACUGUAAUGUUCAUCAAAUCUUGCAUUUUAGAGUCUCAACCAGUUAUCUGGCCUUUUAAAAUGUCGCAGUCCUAACAUAAAACAUGCCGUGUGGUUUUAAAGGCUGCGUUCACAGUCUCUGUUCUGUGUUUAUCUGAGAGCUCAGGCCAGCAGCACCCUCGGUAUAUCUAAGAUCUUUGUAGGAGAUAGUUAUUUCAUACUGCAGCCGACAUUUUUGAACCGACGUGUGACAUUUUCACUGCUUCCUUUACAGCUUGGCCUUUGGAGCUGUUCAUUGUGCAACAUGUAUAAUCCAUGUUGAUAUGAAUAUGUGCACACACACACACACACCCUUUUCGACUCACAUGCUGGCUUUAUCUCUUUGUUCAGCCUUUUUCCCGAGAGACGGCUCUUUUUUCAUCUCAGACAACUACACUUCCUGCCACGCCCAUUACUUCUGCGUUUGCAGGCUGGUGUUUGUGCGUAUAAGAAUGUGUGUAUUUUGUCUGAAAGGUACCUGCCAAACAACAGGUUACAGUGAGGAGCAUAACAGUCAUUUCCUGACUGAUCAUUUCUGAAAAACCUGAUCUCUUUUCUUGGAGGCUCUUUGAAAAGUUUGUAGCUUCUCAGAAAUCUGCGUUGGCAUGCCUCGUCCAGCACAUAUAUUUUGCUUGACACUUCUGCAUUGCAACUUCAAGACAUUUUUAUCUGCAUGACUUAUUUCUCCUUUUGUUCCCCAGGUCUUAUCUUUCGUUACCCAGAAGAGGAUUACGAGUCUUUCCCCCUGUCAGAAUCUGUGCCUCUGUUUUGUUUGCCCAUGGGUGCCAAGAUCGAGUGCUGGGCACCAAACACGCGCGAUCCUCUGCCUGUGUUCUCCACGUUCGUCUUGACCAUCUCUUCUGGUGAAAAGGCGAGAUUAAAUUUAUGCUCAUUUGAAUUCUGCCACCUGCAACAGGUUUUAAAAACUGUCCAUUUUUGGAAAACAACACAAGCAUCUAGAGCAGUGGUUCUCAAGUCCAGGCCUCGAGGUCCACUGUCCAACACACCUGAUUCAAAUGAUCAGCUCGUUAUCAAGCUCUGUAAUGGCUAACGAGCUGAUCAUUUGAAUCAGGUGUGUUGGAGCAGGGAAACAUCCAAAACAUGCAGGACAGUGGGCCUUGAGGACAGGACUUGAGAACCACUGAUCUAGAGGACAAGAUAAGCAAAGACUGCUUUGUCCACAGGGGGCGCCAAAAUCAGUACAUUCUAAAUUUACUCACAGGAGUUUUAAGUUUGUGAGGACAUUUCUCCAGAGAAGAAAAAUGACAUCAACUUUUACUUGAACAUAUACUUCUUAUUUCUUUUGCAAUCUCUUGCCAGUAUGGAUGGAUUAAAUAACAGUCCCCAAAUAUACAUAUUAGAGUGAUCUUGCAUCAAUUUAAAACAUUUCCCCUUGUAUCCAUCAUGUCCCACUGAACCCUGCUGUGAAAUAAAUGACCCUAAAAGCCAAACCAAAAAUGAGUAAACAAAAUCACACGUCUCAGAGUAAGUAAUAAAUGAGUCCCAGCUAGGACUUCCUUUUUCAUGUGCUGCUUUAUUCAAUUAGAAACCAUAAUUUCAGAUUAAAAGGGAAGUGAAAGCCACUUCUUUUGACAUGUCAGUAGAGAUAUACAGAUACUAAGAUAAACAGGGUCAUUACUUAGUUCAUCACAAUCUGUAAUUACAGAUUACAAAACCACCAAAGUAAUCCGUCCAUCUCUGGUGUAGGUGUAUGGAUCAGCCAUCCAGUUCUACGAGCCGUAUCAGGUGGAUCUGCUGAGUGAGAAGCAGAAGAUCCAGCUGGGUCUUCUCACCACAGUGGAGAAGAAAAUGAUCCCAAACCGAGCCGUGAACACCAACAAGUGCAUCUGCCUGCUCUCCCGCUGGCCCUUCUUUGAGUCCUUCCGCAAGUUCCUCAUGUUUUUAUACAAGCUGUCUGUCUCAGGCCCACACCCUCUGCCCAUUGAAAAGUAAGAAUCAGUUUAUUUAAUAUUUACAAAGCUCACAUUUUAAAUAGGUUGAAUAAAAUUUUUUAAUUCAUACUUUUCUCUCAACAGGCACAUCUCACACUUCAUGCACAAUGUGUCCUUUCCUUCCCCUCAGAGGCCAAGAAUAUUAGUCCAGGUGACAUAUUUUAUAUCUUCUGUAACUGUUUGGACGCAUCUACCUUCAUUUUUAAAUCAUCUCUGUAUUUGAUUGUUUUUUAAAUUUUUCUCUUUGUAGCUCUCAGCACAUGACACCUUAAACCUCUCCCAGCCUGUGUGUACACCCCUACCCCUCAGGUACAACUUUACAAUACUUUUAAAUUGUGAAAUGUUUAAGGUGGGGAAAAAGUAUAAACUGGAUAAAGCUGUAUGACACUGCUUCUGAAUAAUAGCUAAGCACUUAAACUCCAAAAUCUCUAAAAUAGUUACAUGCCUCAUAAUUUUGGCUUUUUCCACUGAUUCAUCGCUUCAGUCUGCAGCGUUUGCUCUGGUUUAAGCAGUUCAAGCAUCAGCUUGUUGUCCUCUUUGUUACUGCUGACAGCUGCUUUGUGUUUACUUGAAAACACACGAAAACAGUGACAUCGGGCCUUUGUUUAAACUGAAACAAAACUGCUUGUCCGUAUUCAGUUUGCGCUCAGUUGACUUUGUGAAUUAAAAAGCUUUGACAAAAUUUUAAAACACCACAUUAGGACAAAAGGAUUUUAAUUUGAGUCAGUUUAAAAAAAUCCCUCGAAACGAUCCUUUUGUAUUCUGUCAAUGUCACAGACGGUUUCCAAAGUAAGCUCAAGAGAGAGCAUUUAGAUUUUAUGAUGAUUCAUGUUUGGAUAUUUUUGGACAUGUCUAAGUUUGUAUUAAAAAUGUAGUUUAUAAAAAUAAACAUAGUUUAUUUCUAUUAUUUAUCACCAUUUUCCCUCCCAGGCUCUUCAUUAUCUGUCAUUGUUAGGAAUACUCCUCAUCCCCUUGUUCCUCCUUACAUAACUCUUUUUGUUUAUCUCAUUAGUUCUGUUUUUUUCCACGCUGCUAAUGCCUCCUCUCCUUUGAUUCUUUCUCUGCCUGAACUCAUCAACAUCUCUCUCUCUCUUUCUCUCUCCCUCUCCCUGCCAGCGGGGCGGACUACGGCACUCUGCUGAUGAAUCUGGGCUCUGAGAACUGUGCCACACUGCUGCACUUUGUCCUGCUGGAGAGCAAGAUCCUGCUGCACUCGCUCCGGCCUGCUGUGCUCACAGGAGUGGCCGAGGCUGUUGUGGCCGUGAGUAUCUUGACUAGCUUUAAUGCUGCAGUGUGGCGCAUAAUCAAAAGACACCAAACUCAGCUGAUAUCCUGAACUAGGGCUGGGCGAUAAAUUGAAAAUUUACCGAUACUGAAAUUUACGACAAUAACAGAUGUCAUUUUGCCCAUAUGGGUAUAUUCGGUGUCCAAUAAAUAGACAAAAGUUGGUUUUGGAUGUGUGUAGGUAGGCUAUCGUUUCAUGUCCCUUUAAGACGCUGUGAGGGGAGGAGAUGGAGGAUGGUUCAGAAGUUGGAGCGGCUGAAGUAGACAAAGUUAAUGUGGGAGGGGGUGAGCAGCUUGUGGAGUAGUUAGCAUCCAUUUAUCAUUAUUGAAGUAAACUGCUCUAUAUAUUGUGAUAUUGAUUGAAGGCUGUAUUGUCCAGCCCUAUCUUGAGCUUCUUUAAAGUGGGUCCAACAAAAUCAAAGUUUUAUGUAUUCAUCGUUACAUCAUUCUUGUUGGAAUUACCUAGUUUUGUGUGUGUUGGGGGAUAUAUCUCAUUCACACACUCAUACAAUAAAGGCCAAAUUAUGAGAUGUCCAGAAACAGCCUCUCUUAUAGUCAGUGCCAAGGCAAGUCAUCCAUAUCCAAUUUAGUUAAUAGUGUAGACAAUACACCACCCCGCCUCCCUCCAGCACUGACUUUGAAGCAAUCCAACGCUGCAUUACCUCAGCAAGCAUGCAUAAUAUAAUAGGCACACUUAAUAUGAUAUAUUUGUUGUUCCUUUAAAUGAACAGUUUUGAUUUAUUUGAAUAGAUGUCCUUGAAGCUUCCAGAAAGCAUAUAAACAUGGGAGGAAAAUCUGCUGUGCUUCAAUCGUAACCUUUUCUUUUUGCGUAACUUUCAUAAAGUUUGUAACAAACAUGUUUCAGAUGUUCGGCAGUAAUGCGAUCAGUCCAACAUGCAUUUCGUUUAGUGAAAUUUUCACACAGUAUGUUCAGAAAUCGCUCGAUAAACUCAUAAGUUAAAAGUAAAAGUGCUGAAUAUGGUUAUUUCACCUUUACAUUGAUCCUCAAACUGCAUGACCAUGAAUACCAGUAAUGUCCUGUUCCUCAGUAAUCUACAAAAUGCAUGAGAAGAAGUGUCAGAAUAAAUCAGUUAUGAUUGCAUCUUAAGUAAGAACAUGUCAGUCUAGGGUCUGGUUCUGAUCCUCACCAGAUGUUGUGUGAAACAGAUUCGUCUCAGCGUUCUUGAAUCGAUUCUCCCGUCUCUCCUCUCCUUUAGAUGAUCUUCCCCUUCCAGUGGCAGUGUCCCUACAUCCCUCUGUGCCCGCUGUCUUUAGCACAAGUCCUCAACGCUCCUUGUCCCUUCAUAGUGGGUGUGGACUCCCGCUACUUCGACCUUUACGACCCCCCAGCAGAUGUAGUCUGUGUGGAUCUGGACACCAACACUAUCUACCUGUAUGCUCCAUUGCUAUGAUAUCAGACAAAUCUCUGUUGCAACACUUUUGUGUAGCUCUCUUGUCAUCUUAAGCUAACGGCUCUUGUGUUAUUGUGUGUUUCAGGUCUGAUGAAAAGAGGCACAGCAACUGGAAGAAUCUCCCAAAGAAGCCCUGCAAGAGUCUCGUUAACUCACUGAGCAACUUGCACCACCAGCUGGCCACCGGUACUAAUAACAUCUUAGUUCAGAUUCUUGUUGCGUCCUCAAGAGAUGGAAGGACUUUACAAAAAAAAUGGAGAAAGUAUAAAAAGGAAUAAGUUCAAUUCACUUUAUUUUAAACACAAACUUAGAAGUUAAAAAGAAUCACAUAUCUCAAACUCUGUGAACUUUGAAAGCUUUGCAGAGUUUUGUCGUGAAUUAGAUCGUACUGUAAGAAACCUAAACUCACAAAAGAUACUCAAAGUUAACCUAUCAGUCAAAAGUGAUACUCAAUAAAACAUCAAUAUGUUUUCAAAACAAAUAUAUUAAAUUAAAGGUUGAGGGACAUGAUAAUUAAAAAUAAUGUCAGUGUUUUUUUGGGGAAAAAAAACAAAAACAAAGUGCUGAAUAAAAACACAAAGCGGAAGAUAAGAGUCUGGUAACUUCACCUUCAUGCCAAAGCCCUGCAGAUAAAGCAACAGUAAGGGAUUUUAAGCUUUGGUGAAACACUAAAUUAAUAUCGAUGUUUCUUUAUGACUUCCAAAAGCAAACCAGAUCAAGAAUAAGAGAUAAUAAGAGAAGAGUUACAGUGUGAAUUUUCUUUCUUAUAACCCUGUAAUUGGGCAGGAGUCAAAUCACGAGAUGCUUUUGGAACAACAUUUUUUUUCCAACCUUUUUUUAUUUAGUUUUGCAGAUGAGUAUAAUUGUAUUAAAACAUUUAAAAAGAGUAAAUUAGUCAUUUUUUUGUAGAAGAAACAAACAACAGAAAACAAAAGUGGUCAUUGAAGUGUAUCACUGCGUACCCAAACAACUCACAAAACUAGAACAGCCAUAAAAUAAAUUGAUAAUUUAACAAAAAGGUAGGAUCAGGACAGAAACAGACAUUUCAAAAAGAAAAUAGACCAGGAAAAAGAAAAAAAGACACACAAGUACAUCAGUCAGGUAGCAGUAAACUGCAAUUGAGACAUCCUAAAUUAGAGCAGCGGCAUGUUACGCUCAACGGGACAUUAAAAUAACAUAUCUGCCUCUCAAGGUUGCUUUCGUCACGAGGAAUAACCUUUUUAUUUUUUUUUUUACAUUCCUACAGCUGAGUCUCCCUGUAUAUGAUACAUAAUAAAGUUACAGAAAAAAAAAGGUUCUGCUUGUAUUAGGAAAUAAAAAAAGGACAUGCAUGCGACAUUAUUGGCGAGAAAAAUGAUGCACACCCCUUCAAAAGAGGUUGCCAAAACUGUCAAUGACUAGAGUUCCUUUAAAAGCAAAGCACAUUUUAAGUCAAGUCAUAUUGCCAAAAAAAUGUUAAUAAAAGCUUUAUAAUUUUGCUCAGACUGCAGUAAGAAGGUAAAAAAUUUUAGCAGAUGCAAGAAAUGAAGAGAACAGUGUAGCUUGUAUUAGCUAGCUCAGAUUUAGCUAGUGAGCUGCCUAAUUGAAACUUUUGCCAUUAAAUUAAACCAACAAGAUCUUGGUCUUAAAUGUCACUGCAUGUUUUUGUUUUUAGUUUCAGUUCGCCAAACCGCUCAAGAAAGCUCAGCGGUGGACAUGACGCCCAUUGAGGCCGACUUCACGUGGCACAAGAAGAAGACGGCCUUAGAGAUGGAAAUCCAGGAGUCUUUCCUGCGGUUUAUGGCCUCCAUCUUGAAGGGCUACCGCUCCUACCUCAAACCCAUCACACAGGCGCCCUCUGAGAAGGCCACAGCUGCAGACUCCCUUUACGAUUUACAAGGUAAAUAAGCGAUUGGCAGGCCACUUUUACGAUGUGCAUUAUUUACAGCCUUACUCUCGAUAACAAUGCUGAGUGUUUGAUUUUAUUGGCAUUCCUAUUUCAAGAAACACCGCAGCUAUCACUCAGCCUGAGUGGUUUUAGAAAUCAAUUAUCUUUCUCAUCAGCUAAAACAAGACCUCUCUCAUUUCUGUUGCUAGGAAAUGAGCUCUCAUCUCCAUUGAGCGUUAGUCUCUAACAGCCAACAUGGAUUAAGACAAAAAAAUAAAUAUUGAUUGAUACCUCAUAGGCCUGGACGAUAUAGAAAAAAAGCAUAUCGAUAAAAAAUAAAUCAUAUUGAUCGAUAUCGAUAAUUAUCGAUAUAAUUAUUAUAAUUAUUUAACAUAUAUUUUAAUUGCAGCCCUGGAUGUUUUAUGCUAUUGCUUAAUGACCUACUUUUAAUAAAGAACACACAAGCACUGAAUUCAAAUUCAAACCUUUAUUCAACCACCUUUUUUAUUUUACCACAACUGAAAGUUUUUUAAAAAAGAACUAAAAAAAAAAAGAAAUCAACUUAAGUGGCCUGAGUGACGUCAGUAAAUACUGACAAACAUAAAGACUAAAGUGACCAGAAAAUCUGAUAAAUAAAUAUUUAAAUAGUCUUUUGAUGAAAAUAAACAAAACAAACAAAUAUAUAAAUAAACAGAAUAGCUUUAGGUGGGAAUAGCAUACUACCAGUUUUAACUGUGUGGGAAACUGCCCACAGCCUGGUGUCUGAACACUGAAAUAUUUCUCCCGGGGUCGGGAGAUUUAUUUUUUUUUUAAUUAUCAUUUGAUUGACUUAAUACACAAACUAAGCACGAGAAGCAGGACUUAUCCACGCCGGUGUGUCGUAGAAUGCACCCCUGCCGAAUGCACCCCCUGCUAGUAGCCAUGAUCCAAAUACUCGCGUCUUUGUAAAAUAUGAGCUCAUUUGAACGUAUUUCCUCCGCACCCUUCUCACCUUUUCAACCCCUGACCCAUUUUCAUGCCUGAAGCGCUGUGUUUGAGAAAUACUUGCGGCCGGGCACUUCAUAUCGCGGGUCGAGAGUGGCUAGAAGCUGUUUGAAGCCAGGCUUUUCAGCGGUAGUUAUUGGCAGUAUGUCCCUCGCUAUGGAGCAUGUUACUGCAUGGGUGAUGUCCUUAUGCUGCUUGGACGCUUUGUCGUAUUUUUGGCAAGAAACGAAGUCCAGUUUGGUCUGCUUCACAUGCUUUGUGCUGGUGCUGGCAGCGGUUCCAGAGGAUUCCUCCUCCGACGACGACGUGGAGCCGCGGCGCGGCCGGCACAGCUCGUACUCCUGCAGGUGCGACCGGUUUAGAUGGUAAAACAAGUUGGUUGUGUUACCAGACUUGGUUUUUACUAAUUCUCUGCAAAUUUUGCAAACGACCGCUGUUCGCUUUUUGUCAGACUUGUAAAAACCAAAACAUUGCCAUGCUGGUGAACUACUGAAACCUUUUUUCGGGAUAAUGUCCUCCGCUUCUCCUUGCUGUAUCAUUUUUUCUAACACACGUGCUGUCUGUUGUGGUUUGAUAGGGGCUGGGCUUGGUGCCGUAGCCUACCUGGGUCUGCGUUUGUGAUUGGUUUGGAGGAAGUAAUGACUGUAGUAAAAGCUACAUGAUAGGCUAUGAUGAAAAAGAAAGGGAAACUGUGUUUUUCUAUCGAACUUUUUAUCGACCCGUUUUUUUUCUAUCGCACCACACGUCUAUCGAUCGAUAUAUAUUGUUAUCGAAUUAUCGUCCAGCACUAAUACCUCAUUUAAUUCUCCACGAAACCAGCUCGAAAUCACUAGAAAUGUGAAUUGUCUCUUUGAUUUUAGAGUAUUUUCCUCCUUUUUCUCGCAGGGUUUCUCAAAAGCAGAGACCGUGCACACCAGAAGUUCUACUCCCAGCUCACCAAGACUCAGAUAUUCAUCCGCUUCAUUGAGGAGUGCACCUUCGUCAGCGACAAGGACACCGGCCUGGCCUUUUUCGACGACUGCGUGGAGAAGGUGAUUACACACUUGGCGUCAGGCUGGUCUCAAAUGCGUACACGCCACACACUGGUGUCGCGGUUUUUCCACUUCCACCUGAGGAUUCCUUCCAUGAACGGGCCUUUGUUUAAUGUUGUUUCAUUGGCAAAAUAACGCUUGCCUGCUGGGGAAGUAAGGAAGCUGACAUUUCCUCUGAUUCAUUCUCUUCCCUUUGCUCUAUUUCCUCCUCUCGCAGCUUUUUCCCUCUGAUAAAAUCACGGACAAGGGCACCAAGGUAAUCACUUACACUGAAAUCUGAUUUCCCCGCACCUUGUUUUUCAUGUUCGUCACUAACAUUAAACGAGAAUAAACUAACUUUUCCCCUUUUUUUGUGAUGAAUGAUUUCAUUGAUUUCCAUUUCCUGCUUUUCUUCCACCUGCGAUCAAAUGUGUAUGUUUACUUAUUGCUGUAUGUGUGUAGUUGUUUGUGCAGAGAGAGCUUUUAAUAAAACCCGGAUUACUGUAACCAGUAUCACUAAAACCUGAAUGAAAUCCUCACUGUAGGUUGAAGGGGAGUCAUCUGAGGACACGAGGCUUUUAGAGCUGGACGAGUCCCAGAAGAGCGAGCACACUGUCUUUGUUAUGCCCCCUGAACCUCCAGCUGACGAUGGGUCUGAGCCUGCCCCCAAAUACACGUAAGUCCUCUCAGCUCUAAAUGAUUAAAACUUGUGGAAUAGGUGUGGGAAAGCAGACAACACUAAUCCGUUUUCCCAUCCUUCAGAUAUAAAAGUUUCCCAAGGCUGCACAUGGGGCUGUUUGACCGUCCCAAAGAGCUACGACCGGCCAUUAGCAGCAGAACAGCAGGGGCAAGUCUGUCCAGCAGCCCCGCACUGCUAGCAAAGAGGACAAAGCAGGUGUGUACAUGCUCACACACACUGUCACUCUCGCACCAGGGUUCUAACACAAGUAUGGGAAGUCUGGAAAUAAAUUUGAUCAAUUUCCAGGUCUUAAAAAGAAAAAGAAAAGACGGAAAAUAAAAAAUAAAGUAUGGGAAAAUAUUUAUUUUUCCACACUAUUACCACAGUUCUAAAAUGCUGUUUUCUAAAAUAGAAAAGUAGGUAUUUCCAAAAAUGAUUCAAAAAAGUAGCGUAUGGAAAAUUGUGGAAAUUCCACCUGUGUAGGAACCCUUACAUGCUAAAAUCGGAUCUUACCCUCUCUGUUGUUCUUACAGGAGAUAAAGCUAGCAUACAAGAUGGCGAAGCGGUUCUACUCCAACCCUCCCCUUUGGGCCCGGUGUUUGUUCAGCCACUGCUACAGCCUGUGGUUCAUCUGCCUGCCUGCAGCCGUGCGGCUGUCAAAGUCGAAAAGCCGCGCCAUGCAGCAGGCGUACAACAUCCUGCUGAGGAUGAGAACCAAUGAGGUGGAGGUGCUGGAUGAGGUAUGUGCACAAGAUCAAUCCAUGUAUCAUUUGUUCAUUUAAUUUUCAAAAUAGAACCAAAAUUGAAAAACGAGAAAAUCAAUUUGUCUUCUGAAUAUUUAUCACAAAAAUGAAAAUGAAAAAACUGAGCUCUGAGUUAUUCACGAUCUCGCCAUAACGCCAAAGCCCGUUUCUUGUUCUCUCUAUAUCUGAGUAAGGGUCACUUCAGGGUGACGAAACUUUCUACAGACGAAAAAGUUUAAUCAUAUAAAUCUGUAGUUAUCCAUUUAUCCCAUUUUCAUUUGAGCUGAAGAAAGGGAAUUGGGAAAAUGAGCGUUUUUUUUUUUUUUUUUCCAAUUUCAUUUUAGAGACGAAUAUUUGAAUUUUUUUCCCUUUUUUCUCAUUUUGGGUUUUAUUUUGAAAGUCAAAUGAACGAAUGAUACACAGAUUAAGACCCUUGUCAUGAUUUGACUACUUCUCCACCUCCUGAUUUUAUAUAGCAGCGAUUCAUAGUUUCAUCUCUGUGGCUUUCAGGUGUGUUACAGAGUGGUGAUGCAGCUCUGUGGGGUGUGGGGUCUUCCUGUCAUGGCUGUGAGAGUCCUGGUUGAGAUGAAGAAAGCUGGAGUGCACCCUAAUGCCAUCACAUACGGAUACUACAACAAGGUCUGUACAGAUUUUUCCGUCCCUAGCGCAUAUCUGUAGACGUUUAUGGUCCAUAAACAUCUCCAGCUAUAAUUCAAAGACUGAAGUCUUUACACAUCUUUAGCAUGUCCUCAUCCUGAAGUCUGUUUCCUCUGCAGGCUGUCUUGGAAAGCCCGUGGCCGAGCAGAAACAGAAGCGGCCUCUUCAUGUGGACCAAGCUUCGUAAUGUGCUCCGUGGAGUGGCCCAGUUCAAGCAAGCUGUCGACCGAACACCUUCUGAGACGGGAGCCACACUAACCACCACAGGUGGGUAGAGAAUAAACAACAUGGUUUAUAUUUGCUCUUGUUCUGUUUCCCUGGUUUUAAAGAAUAUGUUUCUUGACUUCAGCUGCAGCAAAAGAAGAGUCAGCAGUCACUGACGUCGACCGUUUGAGUCAUGGAAGUGCUGACAGCUCAAGUGAGGUUAAUGGGGAGGAGCACAACCUGUUUGUCCACAGCCACAGCCUGGAAGACACGACAGACAACCACUGUAGCACAGGUACUCUUCCUCUAAAGUACCCUUUUUUUUUCACAAUUUAAAAGAAUACAACAUAAAAUAUGAUAGGUAAUAAUGCAGGGAGAGGCAAAAAGCCAUGAUGAACUUAUUUAAAGCCUCCACCUUAUAAUAGCCUAAUAUUAAUGUUAUAAUUAAAUGUACAAAAGCACAAGAUAACACGAAAAAAAUGAAUAAAAAUAAAAGUAACUGACAACAAUAAUAUAGAAAGAAAAAAAAACUUCAUGUGCAGGGUGAAACUUCUACAUACAAACACUUAGACACACUAAACUUUCCUCCUCAUUCCUUCAAGGAUGGAGGAAAGGAGGGAAGGGUGACCUCACUGUCAUCCUUGUCUCCUUCAUCAUCUCUGUGGCACUGUCCAAGGUGCAUAAAUGUGUCCACAAUUGUGCCAUUGCAGAUGGCACAUUAAGUUGUUUGAAACCAACAGAAUCUUGGUGUAAAAUUUGUCCAUCUGUCUUGUCUGAAUAUUUUCCCACCAACAUAUGCUUGAGCAUUGAGUGUAAUUGGAUUAUGAAUAAAAGAAAGCUUGAAGAAAACCCUGCUUAUUAAAGGAAAACUAUACAAAUUGUGUCCACUUAUAAUCAUCAUCAAAAUUUAGAAGUAAUGGUUUGUUUGUUUUUUCUUUUUGGCUUCACAGGGAGGCAGUCUGAUCAAGGCUACGGCUCUAAAGAUGAGCUCCACCAGGAGCUGGCAGAACCUUCAAAUUCUGCUCUUCUCUCUGCUGAGGAGAGGAACAAUCCCAAAGCACAACAUAACGGUAAGAAAAGCAAACUAUUCACUGUGCUGCUUCUGGUCCUGCUUUCCAAGGUUGACUGUCCGUCUUGUAUGUCAAUGUUUGAUCUGGACACUUUGUACUUUUAUGACCAGGGGGGGACAUUGCCGGUUCUGUGGACAGUGCUGUAGCUGUGGCAGAGCCCUCCAGUCCUGUUGAGGUGUCUUCACCUGUUCCCAGUAUUGUAAAGCUGUCCACAGGGAGUUUCGACAGCGGCAGAGAAACAGGUAAGGAGGACGACCAGACAGACAUCUAGACUAAAAACUAGGGCUGGGUGAUAUGGCCUCAAAUCAAUAUCAUGAUAUAUUGAGCAGUUCACCUCGAAAACGAUAAAUUGAUGAUAACUACUCCACAUCCAACCUACCUACACACAUCCAAAAACAACUUUUAUUUAUUUAAUUUUUUUGACAUCAAAUAUAACGAUAUGGGCAAAAUGACGUUGGUUAUUGUCGUACAUUUCGGUAUCAGUAAAUUUUCGGUUUAUCGCCCAGCCCUAUUUAAAACAAAAAUAGCUCUUGAUAUUUUUUCCUACGUUCUGUAGGUGCAGGGAAGCUGUUCAGGAGGAAAAGCAAAACUGAUAGUGUGUCUCUCACCGAUGAUGACGCCCCGCUAGCAUCAGGGGAUGCAGCGAACCAGCCUCAGCAGCAGAGGCAGAAGUCUUUCGCCGAGCGCAGCUGUAGCUUCAGCGCUGAGAGCCGCGCUGGGAUGCUCCUAGAGAAAGGCGUGGAUCACAUGGCCAGUCAGAUGGGCGCUGAUGCCCGUAUCCUGGCUGCUGUGCUAAGUGGCAGCCAAAGUCCACCUCCUAAUAGUGUGUCCAAGGCUCUGUUCAAAGAUCUGGAAGAAGAGCCUGAAGAGGAUCAAGGUUUGAUACUUGGGAAGCUUAAUGAGGAGGAUCAGGGGACUGAAACCAGUGAGGAAUCAAAAGGAGGUGAUCCAGAGGCAGAGCGGACUGAGGUGAAAGAGGAGAAGCGACAGAGGAAACCCACUGAGACGAAUGAGGAUGACUCUGUUCUGCGAGGAGCGGCUCUAGAGAGAGAGGAUGUGGAGGCUGGUGCUGACCCGCUUUCCCUGCUCGUAACUGAAAGCGAAGAGUCCGCCUCGGUCACCAGCCAGGACCCUCAGCGCUCCGUGCCCGCUGUGGUGUCUCGCAACCUGGCGGAGGAGAUCGAAAUGUACAUGAGCCUGAGGAGCCCUCUCGGUGUGAAGUCCUCCAGCAUGGAGCUCCAGCAGGCUCAAGGUGACACGAGUGACGCCCUACAGCCUAAACCACCUCUAGAGCGCAGAUCCAGCCUCCCAGUGCCUCCUGUCAAAACCCCUUCUGGCUCCCCGGGGGAUACACCCAAACGCAGCCCCAACACUGUGACUCGCUCCAAGACUUUUGCAGUAAAGACGAGAAACCCCUCAAGCGCUGCAGGAAGCCCAAGAUCAGCCUCUCUGACAGCUCUGGUGAAAUCCUCUCAGGGAGGGUCUUUGGGUUCUGUCAUCAACUCUAUUUCAGGCAUCAAGAUGGACACCCUGUUGUCAGGACCUAAGAUUGAUGUGCUUAAAUCCAGCAUGAAACAGGCAGCAAACGUAGCCAGCAAAAUGUGGGGAGCUGUCGCUUCAGCUUAUUCCUACUCAGACGAAGAGGUCAGUGUUAAUAAAACACAACUCCUCCUCUUCUGUAUUCUGUAACGAUUUCUUUGCUUGAAUUUUAUGUUUUUCUAUGUUUGACAGGAUGAGAAUAAUCAGGGGGGAGGCGGCUUCCCAGCUCGCCUGGAUGAAAACAUGCUGGCUGAACAUGAAGUCGAUGACAGUCCUGAGAGAGGAGCUAUCCCAGGGCUGGUGGCGAACGGCCUGAACCAGAGCUGCACCAGCUUGGGGAGCAGCAGUGGCAGCAGCGACACAGGCAGAGGGACCCACCAGACACGUAAGCAGUCACUCUUUCUUUUUUUUAUUCUAUGCAAAGGGUCUAUUUAGGCGUAUUUUUAACUUUGUUUUUGUCUCUCUCUCCUGGCAGAUCCAACUCCAGGACGGGCAGGCAGAGGUCCAGACUCUGAGCAGGGCUCCUCACAUCAUGCCUCCUCUUCUAGUAUUUUCCAGAACUGUGCACUCGAGGUCAGAUGUACCACAUACACAUCUUGGCUGCUGCUUUGCGUGUACCGCCAAAGUGGGCAUGUUUUGACCGUGGGUGUAUUUUUCUUGCCGCCAGGUUCUGAUGUCCAGUUGCUCUCAGUGCCGCUCUUGUGAAGCUCUGGUGUACGAUGAGGAGAUCAUGGCUGGCUGGACCGCUGAUGACUCCAACCUGAAUACCAACUGUCCUUUCUGCCGCACAGCUUUUCUGCCCUUACUGCAUGUGGAGUUUCAUGACUUGCGCUCAGUGACAGGGUAGGACUCUUUUGAUGGUAUCCAAACUACCAAAGUAUACUAGUGAAGUGAAUUAUAUAAAUGAAAGAGAUUUUCCUCUUGAAGGUUCUACAUGAAUCCCAGUGCUUCAGGAGACAGUAUUCACAGCACCAGUGCCCAGCCCACAGCCAGCAGUUCAGCUGACAUCAAGACACCAGACCUGAUCAGUUUCCCUGAAGAGGAACCAAAGGAGACUGAGGAUAGUCGACCAGGAGCACAUAAGAGGUACUGACCUUAGAAACUUCUCCUUCGUCUUCUUAUUCUUCUUUGUCGUCUUCCUCUUCAUCUACCUCUUUGUCUUCUCUCCCUCCUCCUCCUCCUCUUCUUCCUUUUCUUCCUUCUCUUCUACUUCUUCCUCUUCCUCCUAUUUUUCUUCAUCUUUUUCUUCCUCUUCCUUCUCUUCUUCUUUAUCCUCCUUCUCGUCCUCUUUUUUUCCUCUUCAUCUUUUUCUUCUUCUCAUUCUUCUUUUUCUUCUUCUUGUCUUCUUUUUCUACGUCUUCCUCUUCCUCCUCCUCCUCCUCCUCCUCCUCCUCUCUUUCUUUCUCUUCUUCUUUAUCCUUCUUCUCUUCCUCUUCUUCUUCUUGUUCUUCUUCUUCCUCCUCCUCUCCUUCUUCCUCUUCUCUCAUCUUCCUCUUCUUCUUCCUCCUCCUCCUUCUCAUCUUUUUCCUCUUCUUCCUCCUCCUUAUUUUCUUCCUCUUCCUCUUCCUCCUCUAUCUCUUCUUCCUUUUCUUCUUCAUACUCUUCCCCUCCUCUUCUUUUUGUCUUCCUCCUCUUCUUAAUUUUCCUUAUCCGCCUUUUUCUUCCUCCUCUUCUUCUUUUUCUUUGUUUUCUCUCCCUCCUCCUCCUUCCUCUUCUUUUUCUUCUUUGUCUUCCUCCACCUCCUCCUCUUCCUCUUCUUCCUCCUCCUUCUUGGUUUUCUCUUUCUUUGCAUUUUCUUCUUCAUCUUCUUCAUCUCUUUUUUCCUCUUCCUCUUCUUCUUCUAUCUCUUCUUCUUCUUUUUCUUCUUCUUGUUCUUCUUCUUCCUCCUCCCUUUUCGUUUUCCCUUUUUUUUUGCUUCUUAUUAUUUGUCUCUUGCUUCUUUGAUUAUCUUGUGUUCUUCUUCUUGAGCACACAUAGUUUCAGUUGAAGCUGUAAAGUCUGAGUUCAAGAUUUUUAAGUCUCUUCUUCUUCGUCUGUUGUGUUUCUAGUUUGAUUCCAGAGCCGGUGCAGUCCGACCCUCUGGGUCUCCUGGAGCAUCAGGCUGCAGGGAAGCAGCAGAAAUGCAGCGGGACAUCACUGACUCGCAGCAACAGUGUUGGUGGACCUCUACAGGGUCUGGACUAUUCCCAGAGACCUGGACACGGUGUGUCAACCACCAGUCUGCCCUGCAGUCUGCAAGAGGUGUCGGUUAGUGCCCUUUACAGUCCAACACUUAACACCAAAACAAAACAAAGUGAAAAUUCCACACAGGAGCUUUGAUAUAAUAAAUGUUUGUGUUGUUUUCUCAGGAUGGCAUGGGGACUAAAAGGCCAAACCCUAAGCCUGUAUCUGUACCAUACCUCAGCCCUUUGGUGCUGCGCAAAGAGCUGGAGACCCUGUUGGAGAAUGAGGGAGAUCAGGUGAAGUAUUCUCAUACACGCACAAUGUCUUUCACUCAGCUCUUAUAUAUUUAACAACAUCCUGAAGGGGUUUUCUACCUCUGAAGUCCAGCAUUUUCUUCCUCUCUUCCACCAGGUGAUCUACACUCACAAGUUCCUCAGUCAGCACCCCAUCAUCUUCUGGAACCUGGUGUGGUAUUUCCGUCGCCUGGACCUGCCCAGUCACCUGCCUGGUCUUAUCCUCACAUCCGAACACUGCAACAAAGGAGUACAGGUAAGCUACUUAAAAUGCCAUUUAUUGCCACUUCCGCUGUCACUUUGUGUUCAUUACCAUCACCACUCCCUGUUUGUCUUUGCAGCUGCCUUUGACGUCACUCUCCCAGGACAGCAAGCAGGUUUAUGUUCAGCUGCUGUGGGACAAUAUCAACCUGCACCAGGAGCAGGGAGAGCCUCUGUACCUGCUCUGGAGAACAUUCAGUGAGUAUAGUAAUAGUUUUUUUUCUUGUUUAUUAGCCUCUUUUAGAUCAAUACAAGAAAACUGGCUGAAAACCUGAACACAUUCUGCCACUAGAGGGAGACAAAGUCAACAAAUUUUAGACUUAAGAUUCUUUGAAAUUCUGACUCUUUGAAAAUUCUCAAUUGUAUUUUCGGUCGCAUAUUGAACAAUAUCAGAUUUUUUUUCGGAACUUGGGCUAGACUACUGUUUUAUCGUACUGAGUCAAAUUGAUGUCAGACAAAUCCAGCAGCUACUUUGAGCCUUUUUGUUUGAAACAUCACCGAACUUGUUGUUUUUCUAGUGGAGAAGAGAGGGACGUUGGCUCCAACAGACCACCAGGAGAUCCGUACUCUCCUCAACACCAUAGUUCGCAACAUCCAGACCAAUGACGUUUAUGGUCCGAUUAACCUGCUGAUCCGGGAGAUUAAACGUCGCCCAGAGGGUGUGAAACGGCAAAGGUGAGCCUGCGUCUUCGCGAUUUAUCAAGCCCCUAGAAAGCACUUUUUACUUCUUUCAAUGACCUUUCUGUUCCAUGUAUCACUUCCAGGAGUAUCUAUAGAGAAAUAUUGUUCCUCUCACUGGUUGCCUUGGGAAGGGAGAACAUUGACGUUGGUAGGUAGUUGUUUUAAAUAGGAUUUAAACUGCCACAACACAUCAUGAGUCUAAAUCCAAAGUCUGAAUGUUGAGAAAUAAAUUAAAUGUUCCUAAGUUGUGCUAUUUUCAUGACCCCUGCAGAGGCCUUCGACAGGGAGUACCGCCUGGCUUACGAUGAACUGAGCGCUGAGCAGCUCAAGUCUUUGCACCGCAUCGAUCGACCGCCCAGCCCCAGUAUCCAGUGGUGCCUGAAAUGCUUUGGCGCCCCUUUCAUCUGAUCCCCUUCAAGGACAAGAACAUAGCCAGGUGCCACUACAGUAGGGAAGAAAGGGUGGCAGAGAAACGAUCUCAGAAUUAAACACUCUCAUUCACCCAAACACGGUACUAUUUCUUCCCAUGGUCUUAGAAGAAGCUCAUUUUCUGCCUUCUUACAACCUUUUGUUGCCUUUAUGAUCUCACCAAGCCAGCACUAGCAAGUGGGCCUCUGCGUAAACAGUUUGGACAGCUGUAGUGAUUUUCUAGGACUAGUAGAGGUGUGUCUCUCUCAUGUAAGUGUAUAGAAAGAUAAAUUCCUGUACAGAAUGUAUGGACUGUCCCUUAAAUGUACACACAUAUGAGUGUGUAAGGGAAUGUGUCACAAAACAGUCAGCUCUCUGUCUCCACCUUUUGGCCUUUUCACACUAAACGUGCUAACUCUUACCAGAUUCCAUCAGUCUGAGUUGUUGAGAGCGCACAGCGUCCCUGACUCACACGUCGCUUUGUACAUAUUGUUCACUCACUCAGGAGGGGGCUGCAACAAGUUUUGACGCCUUGGCUGUUUUGUGUUGUCUUAAGUCUUAAUGAAUGUUUCCUUUGGUUCACGAUAAAUGUACAGGUUCAGAGUGAGAUGCUCUGUCUGUGUAAAUAUGAAUUCAAAGCACAAGUUUAAAUCGAGAGGACUGUGGACAAUCAUGAAAUAUCAAUCACUUAAAAUGAUCCUACAACAUUCCAGGUGCCCCUCAGAAACAAAGGUCUUAAAGGAGUAUUAUAAAUCCCUUAAAUGAGUCUGAACUGUUAAAAAAAAAUCCAAGAGGGUGAUCUAGAGGCAUGCCCACUCAGUAGAACUAGACACAGGGAAAGCCAGCCUUAGUGAUGGAGCCGUCAGUCCUCCUUCUGUUUUUAAUAUCUGCAUUUUAACAGUAACAAAGUGUGCUUGUUCAGCUUAUUUGCCUUAUUGUAAUAUUGAAUUAGAACUCUCAUUUACACAGACUACAGCUACUUCUAACUUUAGCCCAGUCUAAAGAAGUAAACGUUCUUUUACAGUGGGUGUAUGUUUUGUGGACAGAAUUGCUUUUAUGGUUUACACUCUGUAGCUUUGGAUAAAAUCCGUAGCGGUUCGAGCUUCAUGCUGCAAAGGGCUACUUCAGUACUGCUCACACUGUGUUCAUUAUACAACAUGACAUUCCACUUUAAUGCUGAACGGACAGGAAAAAAAGCAGCUGUGACGACCUGUUGGGAAAUGGGUGUAGAUAGAAUGAUAGAUAGCUGAUCCUAUAGUAGAGUUGGAAGAGUGCCUUGUACAGAAACAAUACUAUUGUGAAAAAUUCAAUUUGCACUGCAUAGAUUAAAACCCUGACCUGAACCCAGGAUGAGAAUGAAUUGAGACCUUUAAAAUAUUAACAGAGACAGCGUUUUUUUUUCUCUCCAAAACAAAAAGAAAUGCUCAACUAUUUAUUUUUGUAUUAUUGACGUUCUGGUUGCAGACAGAUUUGUAGGCUACCUUAGCAUUUUUAUGAGUAACAGUCCCUAUCUCUCCCCUUAAUCUCUCUCCACCCUGUACUGACUUUGUAAAUUUCACCUCUUAAUGAUGGAGGAUGUACAGAAGAGACUGUUCUUUAACGAUAGAUUAAGUGAUCUCUUACCGUCCUGUGGAAAGGAACUGAAUGUCUACACUUAAGUGCGCUGCAAUAAAUGAGUUUGUGAAAUGAUUGAUAACAAAA